CUCGCGCGCAGUGGGCUGUCCGUGAAAACGUCUAAGGGGCGGAAACGAUGCUAAAAACAUUAGCGACUCUCGGGGUUUUGGGUGCGUGUUUUGACGCGGAGUUUGUUGAGGACACGGAUUAAACUCGGGUUUUUGGACUCUCGUGCAUCCUCUCACAACGCGCGCGACGACAUCGGGCCAUCUGCACGUGCUGAUUACCAAGUGUUCAGGUGGUUGGUUAGCUAACAAGCUAGCUAGCUGUUUGGAUCUCUAAGUGCAGGUCAUCCAAAAUGGAUGACAGUAAGAUGGUUGGUGGAAAGGUGAAGAAACCGGGGAAACGCGGCCGAAAGCCGGCUAAGAUCGACCUGAAGGCGAAGUUGGAACGCAGCAGACAGAGCGCGCGAGAAUGUCGAGCCAGGAAGAAGCUGCGCUACCAGUACCUGGAGGAGCUGGUGUCCAGCAAAGAGAGAGCCAUCUGCGCCCUGAGAGAAGAACUAGAGAUGUACAAGCAGUGGUGCAUCGCCAUGGACCAAGGAAAAAUCCCGUCGGAAAUCAAAGCUCUCCUAACCGGAGAUGAUCAGAAAGGCUCGCAAAGCAGCGGCACCAACAAAACACCCAAAAAUGGCAAAUACAGCUUAUCGGGCAUCAGCCAGAGCAAGUCGACUUAGGUUAAACGUUAGACGGCUCUCUUUUAAAGACGGUCCAGCUUACUCCGAGAGCGACGGGGUGGAGAAAUAGAGCUACGUACACUGGUGUAUAUGAAGGAUGAUGGAACAGUGCUUCAGUCUCACACACACACACACACACACACACAUAGCGCACGCGCACACACACACACACACACACACACACACACACACACACAGGUGUUUGGGGGUUUUGUUAGUUGUUUAGGAGGAAACUGGGUGAGGAACACUAAAUCUCUUCAAGUCCACAGUAUUGUCUUGGUAAGAGUCAUCAUUCAGGUCAUCAUUCCCGUCUCCGAGUUAGAACGAGGUGAAGUGGCGAGUUCUUGCAGAUUUCAGAAAGUCAGAAAAGCCACCGAUGUGAAGCGUGAUAGGACAAGCGAGACGCGUGCACGCGUCGGGGGCGUGGCCAGAACCAUUAAAGCUCUAAGCACUUUAAAGAAAUCCGAAGAUUUGCAUAGCACUGGGUUAAAGCUCUUCGCUCCUGUUGAUUUCGUGAAGCGAAGUUACGGAGCGAACUUUCGUUUCGUGUGUAUUUAUUCCUUACCGAAACAUAACGCACUUUCCUUUUUCCUCCACGAAAUAAAACGUGGAUUCAGCUUUGUUUGUUUGUUUGUUUGUUUUAGUCACUGUAAAACUUUUGCCAUCUGAUCUUCUGUCUGGAAGUCUGUGAUAUGAUACUCUGUAUUAUGUUGAUACAUUCACUUGCAUUUCCCCCUUCUCUCCCCCCCCCCUCUCUCUUUCUCUCUCCCCCUCCCUCUCUCUCAUUCCCUCCUUCUCUCUCAUUCCCUCCCUCCCUCCCUCCCUCUCUCUCAUUCCCUCCCUCCCUCUCUCAUUCCCUCCCUCCCUCCCUCCCUCUCUCUCUCUCAUUCCCUCCCUCUCCCUCCUUCCCUCCCUCUCUCUCAUUCCCUCCUUCCCUCCCUCUCCCCCCCUCCCCUCUCUUUCUCUCAUUCCCUCCUUCUCUCUCAUUCCCUCCCUCCCUCUCUCAUUCCCUCCCUCCCUCCCUCCCUCCCUCUCCCUCAUUCCCUCCUUCCCUCCCUCCCUCUCCCUCCUUCCCUCCCUCUCCUCUCAUUCCCUCCCUCCCUCCCUCCCUCUCUCUCAUUCCUUCCCUCCCUCUCUCUCAUUCCUUCCCUCCCUCUCUCUCUCUUUCCCUCCCUCUCUCUCUCUCAUUCCCUCCCUCCCUCCCUCUUCCUCUUAGUACGUUUACACGGACAACAAUAAUCCGAUAUGAACCCGAUUAAGACGAUACUCUAUACUCUAAGAAACUAGCAUGUAAACAGAGACUACUGAUGACCUUAAUCAGAUUAAAGUCAUACUCGAAGUAAACACGAAUGGAAUUAAGACGUGUGGAGUAUUCCUGUUUUAGUCGUGUUAUGGACGUGUAUUACAGAUACGUACACACCUUAAUCACACUAUUAACGUCGUGACGGAGUUUCCACCACAUUGUGCGACAGGACACGAUCACACACGGCAGCGCUCGACCGUUUAGCGGCAAACGAGAGAGCACGGCCGCGUCCCAAACCGCAUACUUACCUGCUAUAGGCCUGUAGUAGGAGAAAUACAUGCAUCUACAUGUAUCAUGUAAACACCUUAAUCACAUUAUUGUCUUAUUCAGAAUAACGUCCAUAAUUACAUUACUGCUGUCCAUGUAAACAUAGUCUCUCUCUCUCUGUGCGUCUCGUUCCUGUUCUCCCUUAUGUUAUAGCCGUGAUAACCAGUCGUUCCCUCAUCUCUCUCUCUCUCUCUGUGUUACACUCUGCAUUGAUAUUAUAAUAUUUGUAAAGUUUCUGAAGAAGUUCUCAUUAGAAUGCCGAGGAAUCAUGUUCAACUUCUUAAUUGCGCUGUCUUAACUUGUCGAAUAACCGAACCGAUAUAUAUAUAUGUAUUUUUUCUUUAAAGACCCCCCCCCCCCCCCGAACAUGUGCGUAUUCACACUGGACAGUGCGCUGAAAGAAAGAAUUAUGUUUAUAAUUAGAAACGGAACUCUUCGUUCUAAACCAAAACCGAGUCGAAGACACAUCAGAUCAUGUUUCACGGUGUACGCGACACAAAACAAAUCAACAUCGAGUGCAAAAAAAGACUGGAUGGAUAAUGUGCCGUCGAACAUCGACGCGUUUGUGUUCCCCCUGUUUCCUGCCUGUCCGUUUCCAAUAAUGUCAUUAUUUUGCACAGAAAUAUAUAUGGAUAUUUUUCUAUUUAUGUAUAAAGUAUGUAAAGAACUGUUGUCAAAAGCUGAAACUAUUUGUCUAUGUAACAAAAUAUAUGUGUGUGUGUAUAUAUA